CCAGGGAACGAAGAGCAAGAGUGCCAUGUUGAAGCGACCAUUGCUACUCAGAUUCCUCUUAUUCCUGCAGCUGCCUCUGUUGGGGAUGGGGCUGAACCCAACAGUCCUCAAGCCCAUUGGAAAUGAAGACAUCACAGCUGGUGGGAAACCUGGGACUGGAAGGGAGGUUCAGUGUUUUGUAUUCAAUGUCGAGUAUAUAAAUUGCACUUGGAACAGCAGCUCUGAGCCUCAGCCCACCAACCUGACUCUGCACUAUUGGUAUAAGAACUCUGGUCAUAACAUCCAGGAGUGUGGCCACUAUCUAUACUCUUCAGAGAUCACUUCUGGCUGUUGGUUGGGAAAAGAGGAAAUCAAUCUCUACCAAACAUUCUUUGUCCAGCUCCAGGACCCACAGGAACCUAGGAGGAAGACCAAAAAGGAGCUAAGACUGCAGGAUCUGGUGAUUCCCUGGGCUCCGAAGAACCUAACACUUCACAACCUGAGUGAAUCCCAGAUAGAACUGAGGUGGAGCAACACAUACUUGGACCACUGUUUGGAGCACCUGGUGCAGUACAGGAGUGACCGGGACCACAGCUGGACUGAACAGUCAGUGGACCAAAGACGUAGCUUCUCCUUGCCUAGUGUGGAUGGACGGAAACUCUACACGUUUCGUGUUCGGAGUCGCCAUAACCCACUCUGUGGAAGUGCUCAGCAUUGGAGUGAAUGGAGCCACCCAAUCCACUGGGGCAGCCAUACUUCAAAGGAAUCCAUAGAGCCCCCAUCAUUGUUUGCACUGGAAGCCGUGCUCAUCCCCCUUGGCUCCAUGGGAUUGAUUAUUAGCCUCAUCUGUGUGUACUGCUGGCUGGAACGGACCAUGCCCCGAAUUCCUACCCUCAAGAGCCUAGAGGAUCUGGUUACGGAAUACCACGGGAACUUUUCGGCCUGGAGUGGUGUGUCUAAGGGACUGGCGGAGAGCCUGCAGCCAGACUACAGCGAAAGGCUCUGCCACGUCAGUGAGAUUCCCCCAAAAGGCAUUGCUCUAGGGGAGGGGCCUGGGGGCUCCCCUUGCAGCCACCCUAGCCCCUACGGGGCUCCCCCAUGUUAUACCCUGAAACCUGAGCCCUGAUACCCUGACAGAACCCCAAGGUCCUGUAGCCCUAAAUUGUACUAACUUCCCCUCAUCCAACCAGCCUGGGCCCAAUGUUCCCCCUGCCCCAACUGUGGCUGAUUUUGAAUUGUGUGUCCCCUAUAAUUGCCCCCUCAUUUAAUAUCUCCUCUUUAAGAAUUGUCCUUUUGCCCAACUGGUGUGGUUCAGUGGUUGAGCAUCUACCUAUGACCCAGGAGAUCAAGGUUCGA